UCUACGAUGAGCGGCAGAGGAAAAACCGGUGGCAAAGGCAGGGCGAAGGCUAAGAGCCGUUCGUCCAGGGCUGGACUUCAGUUCCCGGUCGGUCGCGUUCACAGACUGCUGCGCAAGGGAAACUACGCUGACCGCAUUGGGGCCGGAGCUCCAGUGUACCUGGCCGCGGUGCUCGAGUAUCUUACUGCUGAGAUCCUCGAGUUGGCUGGCAAUGCUGCUCGGGACAACAAGAAGACCCGCAUCAUUCCCCGACACCUGCAGCUUGCGGUGCGCAACGACGAGGAGCUGAACAAGCUCCUGGGCGGCGUUACCAUCGCUCAGGGUGGUGUGUUGCCCAACAUCCAAGCCGUGCUGCUCCCCAAAAAGAGCGAGAAAGCUGGCAGGGCCAAGUAA